AUGGCGCGGUCUUUGUGGCGGAUACGAGGAACUUGGCUAUACGCAAAAUCAGCAAGGAUGGCGAAGGCAGUUUCGUUUUCCCUUUUAAAAAUCUCUAGAACAUUUUUUCUGUUUCCAACAGUGACCACCAUUGCCGGAGGUAGCUCUCGAAAGCCAGGCUUUGCCGAUGGCCCCGGAGACACAGCUCGUUUCUCAAGCGAGUUUAGGUUGGCGUGUUCUUGUGGCUCCUUACUCAUAGCCGAUCGCGGGAACCGGUUGAUUCGCGAGAUACAAAUCGAUGAUCCAAAGUCAUGUGAUUCAAGCGAUUCAGCCGUUUCCGGAUCACAAAAAUGGGCUUUAAUUCCCGUAGUGCUGCUUGGCAUCUGUCUGGAGAUGCCUCUGGGAGCUUUUAUAAUCUGGAAGAUACUUGAUCAGCGGUGCCGGCAAGCAGGCGAUCAGCUGGGAAACACUGAAAGAUUGCUGGCGGGCGUUCCGGAGGACGAUGAUCUGCAAGUUCGGCAGCAGAAGCGAACUUGCUAGCGCCGUCUU